AUGGGGGAGGAGAAGACACAUUCCGACGCCGUGGCGCAUAUCCCUGCGAACCGAGUCGAUGAUGCAGUCGAGUACCUGGAGGGGCAUGCUGGCGUCGCCGAGACCCAUGAUGUAGACAUAAGCGCAUUGCGUCGCAAGAUCGAUUACCGCAUUAUCCCGUUCAUGUUCUGCUGCUACGUGCUACAGUUCUUGGACAAAGUGAUGCUUAACUAUGCCGCGGUUAUGGGGAUCAAGAAAGAUCUCGGGCUCGUAGGCAAUGACUUCUCAAAUACGGCGACAUGGUUCUUCAUCGCGUAUUUGAUUGCAGAGGUUCCGAACGUCUACCUUCUCCAGAAAGCCCCCGCCGCCAAGUGGCUCGGCCUGAAUGUGACCCUCUGGGGUGUCGCGGCAGCUGCCUCCGCCGGCGCCCAUGAUUACCGGAGCCUGCUCGUGGCGCGAAUCUUCCUCGGCAUCUUCGAGGCUACUAUCGGACCCUCGCUGAUGCUUCUCAGCAGCCAGUUCUACACGCGCAGCGAACAGGCCCCGCGAUUCACCUUCUGGUACCUCGGACUCGGCGUGGCGCAAAUACUCGGGGGCAUUAUCUCGUUUGCGUUUCAGCAGGUGCAUCACUCGUUUGCCGGAUGGCGGAUCAUGUUUCUCGUCUUGGGACUGGUUACCAUGUUGGUCGGCGUGCUGACGAUGUUGUUCAUUCCCGAUACACCGAUGAAAGCGCGGUGGUUGAGCGAGGGUGAGAAGGUUGCGUUGUUGCGCCAUGUCAGUGUGAACCAGACGGGGGUAUGGAGUAGUCGGGUCGAUAUGAGGCAGAUCUGGGAGGCGGUUGGGGACGUGCAGCUGUGGCUAUUAACAUUGACAACCAUCUGUACGUCGGUAUCCUCGGGCGUGGUCACGACAUACUCGGCAACCCUAAUCAACGGCUUCGGGUUUUCGCCUCCGCACUCGGCGCUCCUGAACAUGCCGUCGGGCAUCGUCAGCAUCUUCUUUACGUUGGCCGUCGGGAUCGGUAUCCGCCGGGUCUCCCACCGCUGGGCGUGGUUCAUCUUCUGUACUAUUCCCGGCAUCAUCGGGGGCGCGCUGAUGUCGUUCUUGCCGAAGCAUAACAAGGCCGGCGUCUUGAUUGGCAUUUACCUGGUCAAUGCGAUCGUCGCUACGCUGCCCAUUCUCUACCAGUGGACGAUGGCGAACUGUGCCGGCCACACGAAGCGCGCGUUCGCCAGCGCGCUCGUGGCUGGGUCGUUCUCCGUGGGUAAUAUUAUCGGCCCGCAGACGUUCCAGGCGAGGGAUGCGCCGGAGUAUCGCCCGGCCAAGAUCGCUGUGCUGGCGACGCAGGCCGCGGCGGGCACGUUGGCAUUUGUGUUGUUUUUGUAUUACGCAUGGGAGAAUCGCAGGCGUGCGAAGACUGCGGGUGACGGCGAUGAAGCGGUGAUUGAUGACACGAAGUGGGCUGGCUUGACUGAUAAAGAGAACCGAUGGUUUCGAUAUGUGUAUUAG